AUGAUACUUCGUACUAAAAGCCGUCAAAAGCUACGUCGCUCAUACUUUUUAUCACUUGCACCCGAAACUUUUCUUCACAUAUGUACAUACCUCUCACCAGUAGACCUUCUUUCACUUUCAAAAGUUUGUAAACAAUUUUAUAAUGACCUAAGUAUCGGUGAAUCAUCAUCAACAGUUCAGAAAAUUUGUUCAAUCAUUCAAGACAAAUUCCAAAUUUCUAUGAAAGUUAACUUACGUGAUG